UUUUUCGUUAAAAUUAGUUAAAUGCCUAUUUAUUUAGCAUCCUCUUUGAUGAGGAUGCUAAUUUGAAUUUUUUCUCCAGUCGUCAAUUGACAGCUGGAGGUGACGAUGUCCUUUUAGACAUUUAAAUAGGACUAAUAAUAAUAAUAAUAAUAAUGCAUUAUAUCUAUAUUUGUAACGAUAAAGAUUUAUAAUGUAAUCCUUGGGAGUCUGACAACACUGAACCAAUCCCAUUCUGGAGCCCGCGUGCGUGACACAUCGACGUUACACCCUCACCUGCUUCCUUGUUUCUCCUCGUUUAUUUAUGACCCGCUUCUCUACGCUGUAUUGACAGCACUGGCGCCGUGCUCUCUUACACAAAUAAAAGGUUUCCUGGAAUAUUCCGAACGAGCACAUUGGAACCUGUGGGUGCGCUCAAAGUGCAUUGCAUUGUAAAGGCAGGAGGAAGCACGGGAGCAAUGCAAGCGCAGUGUCUACCAGUGCGCUCUUAUCUUUUUAAAUGCAAACUUUUUAAAUGCAAAUCUUCUUUUUUUCCUGAGGUGUGGGGGGAGUUAGACUAAUGAGCUGACGUCAGCGGCUGUUGCUGUGCUCUGACUAAUAGCACAGUUGUAAACAAUCCUUCAUCAUGUGGGAUCCAGUCAAUUUGCCCUGAUCAUCAGAAGAAGAGAGUACUUGAAACGGGCCAUAAAGGAAACAAAAUAGGACCCUAAUGGACUAAAAAAAAGACCCUUGUGUGUUUUACAACAGUAUGCGUAUUGCGCCAUUCCCGUCGCCACUAUGUACGUAAGCUACCUUUUGGAUAAAGAAGUAAGCAUGUACUCGAGUUCUGUUAGGCAUUCUGGAUUUAAUCUUGGUGCUCAGAAUUUUGUCAGCCCGCCACAGUACCCGGAUUACGGGACCUAUCACGUACCGGGAGUGAAUUUGGACAGUGCUGCACAGUCCGCAGCCUCCUGGCAUUCCCCGUAUGGACCACCCCGGGAGGAAUGGAGUGCGUACGCGCCCCUGCCAUCAAACGGGGUGCAUUCCAUCAAUGCGUCAGCGGGGACGCUUCCAUACUGCGCGGCAGAUUAUAACCCCGUCCAGCCUUCGGGUGGCGGGGUUAUCCAUGCCCUCAACAACACCUCAGCCGAACACCAAGACCCCAGCAGUCCAAGGCGCUCUUACGAAUGGAUAAAGAAGACCCCCCCGCCAGUGAUCACAGCUCCAGGUAAAACUAGAACAAAGGACAAGUACCGCGUUGUUUAUACAGACCACCAAAGGCUGGAGCUGGAGAAAGAGUUCCUCUACAGUCGGUACAUAACGAUUCGACGGAAAGCGGAGAUCUCAGUGACCCUGGGAUUGACUGAAAGACAGGUGAAAAUCUGGUUUCAGAACAGAAGAGCCAAAGAAAGAAAGCUAACCAGGAAAAAAAGAUUGUCUGAACCCGGCUCAGUUCACAGCGGUUCCGACGGGCGCCCCAGCCCCCAGCCUGCAUUGGAACCCCCGCCUCUGCCUCACCAUGCGGGGAUUCACUACCCCAGCGCCACGGUGUUAUCAGCGCUGGUACCGCAGUGAAAUAAUGCACCUGAAAUACAAAUCGAGAGCAGGUUUUAUGGCGUCCGUACAAUCGUGGUCUUCGGAAGACGAAAAACACUGUGAACAGGCUAUUGCUGAGACACUUUUUUAAGAUAGAAAAUAUUAUCUAAAUUUGCAGAGCUGGUAAAAGUAAAUGAUAAGACGUUCCUAGAAUGAGCUCAUUCUUACAAACAGCACUCCAUGAGCAACUACGAAGACUUUGUUUACGGGACUGAAGGAAAUCGAGACGAUUUGAGGAGUUCUCUCGGACGGGUGUUCUAUAAAUGUCAGGAAUAUUACAGUUUGUCUUUGACCCUUUGUGUACAUAUAUGCAGCCGGUCUACACAUCUCGUCAAUACAAUUACUUCUGCAUUGAUUCUCAGGGAACUGGAAAUGUUAUUUGUAAUGUAGAUCGUUUUUUAAUCGUUUUUAAGUGGACAAGCUUUGGCUACAUUCUGCUUCACGAGUAAUAACACCUCGCUACAGGACGGCGAGCGAGGACGCUUCCUUACCCGAGGCGCUGCGAAAUCUUCAGCCGUGCAAUUGUGCUUUCGAAUCCGUAUCAGUAAUCCUACAAACCGGCACACUAAAAGCUUAAGCACUCCACACAAAUCUUACACAACAGACGGUAAACACACCUGAGUGUUCAGUAUUGAAUUGUUUCAAACUAGACACUCAAAAACACACAUGGUGUAACCAAAACAAAUGCGCCAUUUCAAUCCAAUUGUAACGCAUAUUAAUUAAUUGUAAUAUUACAUAAUGAAUCAAUGUGUUUAAAGAUAUUUACCACCCU